GUAUCGUUAACUGUUAGCGUGUUGGCGUAUUUCUCUCUUUCGUUUGUUGCUAUUGUUCGUCAAGUUGAGAGCAGCCGUGCAGACUACUGUCGACGAAAUGGAACGGCUUUACAUCGAUAUGAGGUUGAGAACAAAGCACUCGAUUUUAUAAAUCAAGAAACAUUGUAUUCUGCAAAGAACAGAACAAACAUCAACAAGGAAUUCCAAGCUUCCAGUGUAUCAGCUGGUUUGCAUUUUGGCGGGAAAUUUAAAUCACCGCAUAAAAUUGAAACAAAACCACUCAAAACAACCAAUCAAAGUGCUUCUAAUUUAACAGUAUCAUGUGAUACAACCAUAUUUAGUGAGACUACAAUAUUUUUUGCUAGUUUUGGUCUGUUGAUAUUUGGGGAUUUCUUCAAUGCUCCUGUUGGAGCAAUWAUGAGUUCAACAGUUAUUUACUGGGAAGGGACCAGCCAGUUUGGAAAACAAAGAGUCUUUGGAGCCAUUGGGUUUGGACUUGGCAGCUUUUUAACUGGUAUUGCCAUUGACAAAACAUUACAUAUCAAUUACUUUGAUCCAAAUUCACAAAGCACCAAUGCACCAAACUACUUGACUGCAUUUUUUAUCUACUUGUGUGCAAACGGACUGCUUUUCUUUCUAAUCAGCUGUGGUCUUGAGGUAGUGAGGGARGAGAAGUCUAAGAUUAUGUGGUCAAGAGUCAAGGAGAUUCUCAGCAAUGGUUUAGUUAUUUGUUUUUUGGUUUAUGUGUUUAUAAUGGGGGUAGUAGGUGGUGUGAUUAUUUUAUUUUUAUUCUGGUUUCUUGAGAGUCUUGGAGCAUCACAGUCCUUGCUUGGCCUCUCCAGUCUAAUAAUGAGUCUCUCUGAGAUUCCAGUUUUUGUUUUCUGCUCUAAAAUGAUCAACUGUAUUGGCCAUGUUGGUGUGUUGGCCUUAUCUUUAACUCUCUCAAUCUUGCGAGUGACUUUAUAUUCUGUUCUUACGAAUCCUUGGUAUGUAUUACUGAUUGAACCACUUCACGGCAUUACCCUAGCUGCYAUGUGGAGUGCUGCAAUAUCAUUUGCUAGUUUACUAGCCACGCCUGACCUWUACACCACAAUUGAGGGUGUGGUGACUGGUUUUCAUUUUGGACUYGGGUGGGGUUUAGGUGCAGUGUUUGGCGGCCUGUUCUAUCAUAMUUAUGGGCCAAGGAAUUUAUUCAGAGGGUGUAUUGUUUUAUGUGGAAUAGGUUUUGUGUUUCUGGUUUUGGUUUAUAAGUUAAAAAAGCGCAAGGAUUGCAUUAUAUUGAAGUUGGAUAUCAGCUUUGCAAAAGAAAUCAAUGUCAAUGUUAAGGACUAUGACAUCAUCCCUGGUUCUGACGUWUCAUGAUUAUGAAUCUGUCAAUCGAAACCUUGCCCCCAAACCACCAGUGAGGGCCAGGGAAAAUUAAACACAUUAUAACCAGGGAAGAAAAAUGAAUAGAUGACUUUGCCUCAGUAGUCACACACACAAAGGAAUCAAGACAAAGUGCAAUGCAUAAAGCUCAGUCAUUUAUGUUUGAUUAAGUUUUGUCCACUGCAUCUCAUUUUGAUUCCUUUGUGAGUGACAACUGAAGCAAAAUUCGCAAAUUGGUUAUUAACGCCUUAUAUAUGAAAUGAUUUGUUUUUAGCUACCACUUUUGGCUUCUAAGGGUUUGGAAAUGGAGGGACUUCAAAAACUUGUUUGAGGGUUAAUUUUCCCAGCAUUGCCUGGGGCUUGGAGGUUUCAAUUCGACUSAUGUAUUAUGGUUAAUUAUUUGUUUAAGUCAGAUGCUUGACAUAUGCACCAUGGCCGCAACAUUGUCAUUAUUUUCAAAUAUCAUUAAUUUGUAAAUAGUACAAAUACUUUUAAGAUUUUAAAAAUCCUUAAGUUAUAAUGCAAACAUUGUAAAAUGUCACUGUUUAAUAUAUAACGAGUGUAAUAAAUAACGUAAAUUAACUGAUGUGAAAGAAGUCACAAAA